AUGCCCCGUGGUAUCGCGGCGCUUCUUCAGCAGCAGCCCUCCUUUUUCCCUUUCGCAACCCUGACACCCACGGAGGGGCAAGAGCAGAACCAAGAAAAAAAAACGGCAACACAAGUAAAAUGUUCACACCUUGUGCCGCUGCGAUUGCCCAGGCAACCCCAGUGUGAGCCCAAGAGUGUACACAGAGAUGCCAACGUUGACGCAAUUCCUCUGCCGUCAUUGCGUGCACCCCCCUCUCUUGCUGGUGGCGACAAUGAAACCGCGCCGAGACAAGUUCAGCCGCCGCCGUUGCCAGCCGACAGGCGUUCGUGGCGUGUUUCGCCCCCAAUGGAAAACAUUGGGGCACUGAACUUCGCAGACCCCGAGUAA